UCCUCAUCUUCUAUAAAACCCCUCGGACAGUCUCACAGUGACGAGUUUCGUUAGUACCUCAGCUUCAGUAGCUUCUUCUGCAAGAACCUUGACUACUUUCAGGUAAUUAUUUAUUCUUAGAGAAUGAAGUGGAUCGUUGCUGGCCUAUUCUUAAUCGCAGUAGCUUCCGCUCUGCCGAACGCCGAAACUGAACCUCAAGCAAAGGCUGCCGAAACAGAAACCAAUCCACAGCCCGCAAGCGCUCGAGCAGCUCGCUACGAUGAAAGGAAAUUCAACAACAAUAAGCAGAAUUCUCUCACAUCCAAUGACUUGGAUGUCAACAAAAAACAACAAGUAUCCCAGUUCUUGACAUCCAAAAAUGUCAUUCGCACUCUCGUGAAGCUCAUUUUUGGAAAUGAUGAGGAAAGCGCAGCAACUUCUAAACAAAUCUUGAACAUUUUCGUCAGCGUUUUGGAUAUGUUGAAGAGCACUUUGGGACAACGAGCUCGGUCUGCUACAUCUAGAGGAAGUAGAGCUGUUUUGGGGGAUGCGGCGACUGCCAGUGCUUCUUUACUAAAGGGUUACAUCAAAGCUUUCUUGACCAACAACAAUAGCUGUGUCCAGAAAUAUCUCUGUGAAGCUAGUAAGGAAGCUGUCAGCGACGGACAUGAAGUUGGCUAUUUGAUUGCACAAAUUGGAGGAUAUGCUGCUAGCUACGCGUUGGAAAAUCAAAAAUCUGCUGUUUUCCAAGAAAACUACGCAGCCUCCCGAAGAGGAAGAAGUGGAGAUGACUGCAAAUCUGUUUACCAAGUGUGCAAUGAAGUCGAGUAAGCUGUCAAGUCUCGAUUGGGACAAUGAACCAUCAUACUUGAAAUCCGUUAGCUGGUCUAACAACAUUGACCUUCAUUGCACAAUACUUUUCUGAUAUAUGACGUACCUCUUUGGUGUAUGAGAAACUCCUUUGACAUCGAAUUUUUUUAUUUAUUUAUUGCACUUCGUUUUAUCAUAUUUUAAGUUUCACUAUGCAUUGUAAUUCAUGUAAUGUGUCCUCAGAUGAUAUCAAUUUUUUUAAAUAAACUAUUCUGAAAACCAA